CGUCUCUCUCGUCUCUCUUCCCGUCGUCCAACUCAACCCUCAUUGCUGAACUGAACCUCUCUUCUUUAAAAAAAAAUUAUACAUACAAAAAUUCAUCCUAAAUGUUCAUCUAAACCCUAAAAUGAAUUUAAAACAGCUAACCGUAAUCAAAUUCACGCGGUUUAACCCUCCAUUAACUCGUCCGGUUUGUUCCACGGCAGCGAUUCAACUCAACACCCAACCAAAAGAAUCAGCUCCGAAUCAGACCUUAAUCAACGGUCUGUCUUCAAUUCUAUCACACCCGUCUUUAAAUUCAUCUCAGAGUAGACAAAUUCUACUCCAUUUAUCUCCUCAUGAAUUUUACAAUUAUUUUCUUGCCGUUUUAUCAAAUACUCAUUAUAAAAAUGUAAACCCUAAAACCGCCUUUGAUUUCUUUAAUUUUGCAUCUCUGACUUGUAAUUUUCAUUUCACAUUACGUUCUUACUGCCUGUUAAUUAGAUUGCUUAUUGCUUGUAAUCAAAUACCGUCUGCUCGGUUGGUUUUGAUUCGUUUGAUUGAGGGGAGAUUGUGUGCUGUGUAUGAGAGUGAUUUGCAUAAUAGGCAUUUGGAGAUUGGUUCAGCAAUUGCUGAUUUUCGUUCGGUUUUUGAGCCCGUUAUUGCUGUUAGAGUAGUGGAUUUGUUGAUAAAUGUUUAUGCUACACAGUUUAAAUAUUUGGGGUUUGGAGUUAUUGCUGAAUUGUUUAGUUUGAUGGGUAGUAAGGGUUACUCGCCGUCUCUUAAGACUUGCCAUAUUUUGUUGAGUUCGUUAGUGAAAGCAAAUGAGAUGAAAUUGUGUUAUCGAGUGUUCAAUGUUAUGUGUAGCUGUGGUUUUAUUCUGGAUGUUUACUUGUUUAGUACUAUGGUUUAUGCAUUUUGCAUUGGAGGUAGAGUGGAGGAUGCGAUUGGUUUGUUUCCGAAAAUGGAAGCAUUGGGGGUUGCUCCAAAUGUCGUUACUUUUAAUAAUAUCAUACAUGGGUUAUGCAAGAUUGGGAGAUUAGAUGAGGCGUUUCAGUUUAAGGAAAAGAUGGAAAAAGCACGAGUGGAACCGGGUUUUGUAACUUACGGUGCGCUCAUUAAUGGUUUAGUUAAGUUGAAAAGAUUUGAUGAAGCUAAUGUUAUUUUGAAGGAAAUGUCUGAUAGAGGUUUUCCGCCUAACAAUAUUGUGUAUAAUACUUUAAUAGAUGGAUACUGUAAAGCCGACAACAUUGAGGAGGGUGAAAAGUUGUUCGUAGAGAUGGUUUCUCUGAAUAUGGAGCUAGAUUCUGUAGUUUAUAAUAUACUAAUCCGAGCUUACUGUAGAAAUGGGAAUGUGAUGGAAGGCUUCAGACUUCGGGAUGACAUGAAAAGUAGAGGCAUUCCACGAACUUCUUUCACUUAUUCUACUCUUAUACAUGGACUCUGCAAUGUUGGUCUUGUUGACGAUGCAAAACAACUUCUUGAUGAAAUGAGAAAGGAGGGCUUGUUACCGAAUGUCGUUUGCUAUAAUGCACUUAUUGGUGGUUACUGUAAGCUAGGGCAGAUGCAUGAAGUAGAUAACAUUCUGCUCGAAAUGUCUUCAAAUAAUGUCGAUCCUAGUAAAGCUACAUACACAAUCUUGAUAAAAGGGUAUUCCAAAUUUGGAGAUACAGAAAAGGUAGAUCAGCUUCGGAAUGAGAUGGCUCAAAGAGGAAUUGUCCUUGAUGCCGUCACUGAUAAUGCCCUUACAAACCCGUUCUGCAAAGAAGGGAAGGUAGAGGAAGCUGAUGAAGUUUGUCAUCUUAUGCUGCCAGAGAACUGUAUUUCCAACGAGUAAUAGUGCAUGUAAAGAGUUUAAUUCUUUGUGCAAGUUGAUGCUUAUUGGCUACUGCUUUUCUAGUUUAUUUAUCAAUUAAAGCUGAAUUCAUGUCUUGCCUACAGAAGUCGAAUGCUAAUUGCAUCUUGAUUCAAAAAGGAAAAUCAUAAUGGAGGUUUGAAACAGACAUGUCGUGGGAGGGAAAAUAUAGUUGACACAACAGCAAGCUCCACAAAGCCAGGCCAUCAUCGCCACGGCUCCUAUCAGCAUAGAACCCACCAGCCCAUCUCUCUGACUUGUUAUAAGCAGUCACCCACAUCUGAUAGUUCAAGUAAGCAGUUCUAAUCUGCGGAUAAUCGUCAUAAGAAAGAAGAGAUUUUACCGGUUGACCUGUAAUUAACCUGUAACCAACUUGAUUUCCAAGUCUAGUCUUCUUAUUUGGAUUCACAAUCAAUAGCUCAUUCGGCUCCAAACCGAGCAGUAUUCUUGCCUCAUGUUCUCUUUUAGCUGUUUCUCUAACAACUGUCCAAUAACUUUUUCGUGGCGAUUGAGCAUUUAUUGCAAGUACUCUUUCUGUU